CGCUGGGCCGUAGUGGCCGGCUUGGCUCUCGGGUGGGAGGAGGACGCUGUUGUGGUGGAGCAAGAGGCAAGAAGUUGGAACGGAGCUCAGUCAGUGAUUCGCGGACUGGCGGCCAGGCAAGCGCGACAAUCGAUAAAACAGCUGAUCAGCAAGCGGCGCAAGAAGUCUCCAAGUGGCAGCCAACAUUCGGCGAUGCGGACUGCAGAACAACGAAUGAAUUCAAGCCGUUGCCUGGUCGAAAUCUAAAAGUCCGACGGACAGACAGACUGACGCUGUUGCUGCGAUAUUUUGGUGUUCUACAGGAUUAUUUAAGAAGCGUGUGACGACAGCAAGAUUAUCAGCUUGCAGGAGCUCAAAGGGUUCAGCACAUUCACAUCGUCAGCAUGGAUUUCUGCCAAGAGCUGGUGGUACUCCCUCGAGCUGCGCGGGACACGUUGGCUGAGUCGUGGUGGGGCCCGCUGCCUGCACAAUGAGCACGCGCACUGCUGCCUGCGGAUGGAGUGUCUCGAGAAGAGCAGAGUGGUCUAUUUCACCGUGCAGCACCGCGACCACUGUGAGGCGGCACACUUCCGCACGGACACUCCAGCGGACGAGGUCAAAGAGCUGUUCCGAACGGCUGCAGAAGCUGGGCCCCAAGACAUCCUGAAGCUGUACACGCCAGACGGGCGUCUGAUCAACAUCUGCCCCGCCAUAACGCCCAACACACCCGACUCUUGCUACAGCCUCCAGGUGGUGGCUGCCCACUGUAGCGGUAUGCUGCUGGAUGAAGUGGGCAUCGAUCUCAUGGCCCUGGAGCAGAGGGUGGCUAGGCUGGAGAAACAGAUCAGGGUGGACUUCGAAGAGCUUCCGCCCCUCGUGCAGGAGCUCAAGCACCAAGUGGACAACUUCCGCAAUAAACUGGAGACAACUGAACAUCUCAGCUGGCUCGGUUUCUACAAGGAGCUGCCGCCCCCGCUGUCCAGCGAGGCUUGCAGGAGGCUGCAGUAUCGACGUAAGAGCGAGGAGCAGAAACGUCGCGUGCGGGACAGGUUCUUCAGCAUCUGUGAUGUUGCGGUCUCCGAGGAAGUACGUCAGUACCUUCGCCAGCCCACGUUUGACUGCCACCAGUGGGAGGACGAGGAGAUUCUCCUGCUGCUGCAACAGAUGUACCUUGACCUGGACCUUACCACCAAGUUCGGCAUUGAGCUGCCCACGCUCCGCAACUUCCUCUAUGAGGUGUAUAAGAACUACAAUGAGGUGCCCUUCCAUAACUUCAGGCACUGCUUCUGUGUGGCGCAGAUGAUGUAUUCGAUGGUGUGGUGCGUGGAAUUGCCCAGUAAGAUUGGGGACCUGGAAACGUUGAUCUUACUGACUUCCUGCAUCUGCCAUGACCUGGACCAUCCUGGCUACAACAACAUCUACCAGAUCAACGCAAAAACGGAGUUGGCCCUGCGCUAUAACGACAUCUCACCUCUGGAGAACCAUCAUUGCUCGGUGGCAUUCCGGGUGCUGGAAGAUGAGAACUGCAACAUAUUCCACAGCCUGUCACCUGAAAUGUACCGUCAAGUUCGAGAGGGCGUAAUCCGUUGCAUCCUGGCCACUGACAUGGCAAGACACAACGAGAUCCUUGCACAGUUCAAGGAGAUCACUCCAGAGUUUGAUUUCAGCAACAAGGCCCACACAAAUCUUCUGUCUAUGGUGCUUAUCAAGGUGGCAGACAUAUCGAAUGAGGCACGGCCCAUGGAUGUCGCAGAACCCUGGUUGGACAGACUACUGCAGGAGUUCUUCAAACAGAGUGAUGCAGAGAAGCUGGAGGGGCUGCCUGUUACGCCCUUCAUGGACCGUGAGAAGAUCACGAAGCCAUCGUCUCAGUGCAGCUUCAUCGGGUUUGUCCUGCUGCCCCUGUUUGAGGCGCUGGGAGAACUGUUCACAGAACUUCAGGAUCUGAUAGUGCAGCCAGUACGGGACGCUCUGGAUCACUAUCGACGGCUGAACGAGGCAGCAAAAGAUGAGCGCCUUCAUCGGAAAAGUGUUGCAGAUGUAGGAGAGAGUGUGGGAGAUGGGACCAGUGCCCCAGUUGUUGUCAAGUCUGCCAGUGGACACAGUGUAAAGUCACGGCGCAGCCUGGGGGCGAGCUCACGGUCCCGGUCCGCAGAUGAAGAUGAUGACAUGACAGCACCUGGGGUGACACCAGAUGGCACUGUGUGGGAACCAUCUGAAACAGUAGAGGAGGAGACAGUGCUGGAAGAUAUGGAGGAGAUGCAGGAAGGGGAAGCAGAGGAAGAGGAAGAGGAAGAGACAGUAACAGAAGUAGAGGUGAGCGAGAAGACCCUGAAGUUCAAGAUUUCAACAGAAGGUAGUGUCACAACACCUGGAGGCAGGAAAAGCUACCCUGGUAGUCGGAAGGGAAGUCGUGAGAAGACACAGCUGCAGGACUGCCAUCACAAUGUGCACGACCUUGUCAGAGCACUCCACGACCAGGAGAAAUUUGGAGCUUUCAGAGACUUAUCUCAUACACCCACCAUCACCCCCACAUCCCCACCACCGCUAUCCAAAGACCGUCCAUUCUCAUCACCAUCCCCAGGUAAGCAUCAGAGGCAUGGUAGCACAGAAGACAUGGAGUUGCAGGGUGUAGUGCAGACAACCAGCAGAAAGGGGGGGGAGCUUUGUAAUGGUGAGACAAAGUGCUUUGGAGAUUCAGUGAAGCAAACAGGUGAACAGCUCAAAGUGCAGACUAGUGACAGCAGCUUGGCAACAGACUGUGCUGUGCUGAGGGGUGAGAACCAUGACACUCCUCACAAAGACAAGGAGGCCAGUAAAGCAAGGAACAGAGAGAACAAUGCCAAGAAGACAGCUAUUAUGAAGAAGCUUUUCAGUGUGGCAGAGAGGCUCUCCUUCAGCAGUGAGAAGCACAGCGGUGACAUGACACCCAGUGACAGCAGCAAGUCUUCAUCUUCUCCACUAAACAAACCAGAGAGUACAUCAUCUACAUCAGCCAACACUGGAGACAUGACGUCUGUGGGGGAGUCUGUGAAAAAAGCCAUGACAUUACCAUUAUCAAAGACAAGGAAACCUCAACGAAAAAGUAUUGAAAGUGCUGGGAAGAUAGGGCGGAAAUUUCUUAUUGGUGGAGGUGAGAAAUGUUACUCACCAUCAUCCUCCUUAGAACUUCUCUCCCCCUCAGAGAGCUCCUUACCAGACAUACGACAGCAGCACAACAGCAAGCAUACAAUGAGCACAGUGUCUCAAAGCCCCUCCAGAACUGUGAAGAUACCAGGUCAAGAAGGUCCGAAGAGCAACGGGCCCGAAGCCAGUCACAACAAGAUGGAGAACCAGGACAGUUCCUGUCAUAUUGCAGGCUCAUCCCCCACUGGAGAGAAAAAUGACUUGGCAGUUCUUUCUGGGAGCCUAGACAGCAUCCUGAAGGGGCAAGAUAAAUCCUCUGGCAACAACAACAACCGCAAGAAGACCAAUAUAUUUAGCAGUCCACGGUCAAAACAGCAUUUUUUCACACGCCUGGGACGGAGCAACACUCACACAGAGGGAACCAGGCCCCGUGGUAGUGAAGGCGGCCCCAGCAAGGUGCAGCAGCACAGCUGGAUGGCUUCCCUAGCAGCAAGCUUCCGUGUCAGGAAGAACCACCAUCACCACCAUCAGCUUCUGCAUAAACCACAGGGGCAGGAAUGAUGACCCAGCUGCUGAACAUGACUGUCUUCAUCUGUACUUGCUGUCCAUCAGCAGAUAUCUCAUCUGACUAUGGCAGACACGGCAAGUUAUGAUCAAACAUUCCCUUUCAUUCAAACAAUGUUUGAUAUAUGACUUCUGAUCAUACAAACAGCAGGGUUUAUUGAAUUCAUAAUUUUAUUUUAGUGACAAGCGUGGCAGGCCACAUGAAGUCAAAACCUGCAAGUGAGUGAACUUGAUGCACGUUAAAUCAGUAUUGAGUGGCAUAUCUGUGUACCCUAGUCAGAAGCAUUAGUUACAGACCACAUGUUGCUCUGCAAGUGAAAUCAUUCCAAGGUAAAGAAUCUUUCAAGUGCUUCUGAAACAAUGGAAGGAACAGUUCUGAAUGUGUGCUGUAGUAUCUGUUUCAUUGUUCUGAGUCUGGUAUUAAUCAUUAAGUAUUUAAGUUAGUAUGUUAUGUAUCAUUAAGAUUCGUAACUCGAUGCUAGUCUUUUUCAUCACAACCUCAUUCUUUGAAUUGUAGUCAGCAGCGUACAGUUCAGACUGCAUAGUAUGUACAGACAUUGGCACUUAUAAGGGAGAAGCAUUUUGACAAUAUAUUUUAAAGUAUCAGAGUGGAGAAAUAUUAAAACGUAGGUGAAUCUAUUUUUGUUGUCAAAGUAGGGAUAUUUGGUGGCACUGUAGUCAGUGUUACUCGUAUUCUCUCUCUUGGAUAGUCUGAGGGCUCCAGUCAAUUGUUUCUGUUCAGUGUUCACACCUGUCUCUGAAACUGUAACAUGUUGCCCAUUGAUGGAUGUCCAAUCAAGAGCACCUGGACCAGUCCUAAAUGAUUUCUCAUCUCAAAGGACUGGGGUUCAAUUCCAAGCUUGUGAUAUGAGUAUAUAUGUGCAUCCAGUGAAUUGUAACAUUUUCCUUGAAAUGUUGGUCUGUCUUCCUGAAUGAUAUGUUGGAAAUUUAGAGACAUGUUGUUAACGAGCAACUGUAUAAAAGGGCAUCCACCCUUUGUCUAUCAAGUGCUCUUUCCUUUCUAAUACUGAAAUUCUGGUGCUCUGCUGGAUGGCUCUGUACCACUGAAAUGGAUCCCAUGGCUUCCAGCUUAUAUGUACACUUGCCCUACAUAAAAAAUUUACUCAUAGUGUCCAAUUAAAAUAUCCAAUUAACUAUGUCCAGUUCCAUUAGCUUUGUACGAGAUAUGAUGUCCUUAUGGUGGUUUAAGGAGAUGGUCUUAUUGGGAUGUGAUGCCAUGCAGUGGUGCAGAUAGGUGCCCGCCUUUCAGAGGAAUGCACUAUCUCCAUGUCAGGGGUUGAAAAUGGAGGCCACAUGUGCCUUCAAAACAUUGGUAUAUAUCUAUCAGACUACAAGGCGUCACAAUCCAGAAGACCUAGUUUUGAAAAUCUGUAUGAGUUAACUUCUCUGACCUCAGAAGGAAGAAUCAUCAUCAUGUGUAAAGGUGAAACGUUCUUUGAUUUUUUAAAUUACAUUUCAUUCCUACUCAUCAGAAACUUAUUAUAACUUAUUUCUGCCUGCAAGUCAUUUGUGGAAUUUGAAUGUACAGUGUGCCAGGGAAAGUCCUAAUGCAAGUGGAUGGUCACAAGAUGUGUCUGUCUCUACAUGUGCUGAUUGCUUCAGGAGCAUGUUGUGACACGUCCAAGACAGAGGCAAUAUAUUUCUACUUUGCUAAGUGCAUGGCAGAACUCAAUGCUUGAACGCUCCUAAUAUCACAGGUUACCCCUAAACACCAUCCUAUGAUAAUUCAAUCUACUUCACAUCUUCACAUCCUGUUUCCUUAACAUUUUGAGGGAAACCCCCAAAAGUACUCAUUUAAAAUUUGUUUCUCUUUUUACAUUGAUGUUGAAUACUCAUUUGUUAUAUGUUCUUUGAAAGUUUGCCUUUUCAUGCUUGUUCAAAUAAUGUAAGUUUUAGGGAUAGUAAACUUUUUCUCAGGCAAAAUCAAGAAAGCAACAAUAAUAUUGUUUGUAAGAUUUGAGGCUUAAAUCCCAGAAGACUGCUUUCUUAAUAAUAUUGUUUGUUUUGGAGACAGGGUUACUCAGUUACUAUAGUGACUGUACUGCAGGAUGGUUGACGAAGGAACUGUAAUUCUGUUUUUGGCUGGGGUAAGAAAUUAUACUAUUCUCCACAGUCUCCAAUGCAAUGUGUAACAGAGUUUCUUCCCCCAGGAUAAAGCAGUCAGAGUAUGAAUCUGACCACUCACUUUGAUCUGGUGAUGAGGUUAAGAAUGCAUGGAGCGAUAUUACUAUUCCUUCACAUAUCUUCAUGGGUGGUGCUUAUUUAAGCAGGUUGACAACUUUACCUCUUUUAGGUAUACUUAUUUUCCAAGAAAAUCUGGUGUGGAUGGUAUGACAGCGGGUAAAAUAUUUGGAGAUAGAAAGGGUUAAGAUAUAUUUAAUAUUAUUUUUUCAUUCUCUGCUUGGUCUUUCAACUGAAAACUUGCAAAGGGGUCCUCUUGCCACCCUCAAAAUUCUGUUUUCUUCUUUUGAGUUAAUUAUUCAGCAUAUCAUAGCCCUGAUUUCGUCACCAUAAUUUAUCAUGUAAGCUGUAUAAAUCUUCCAGUUUAUCAUCAUGAAGGGUCCUGCAUUUUCAUUUUCUACAACCCUUAGGUCCAGGUAAUACUUCAAGAGAAUGGUGAUUCUGUUUGGUGAUAUUUCAUGGGUUCAUUUCCUUUUUCUUUGUAUGUAAUUCAUAAAGAAAUCUUGCAGUUACUUAAUGGCACCACAAACAGAUGUGGGCAAAAUAAAAACAAAACAUAAUAUGUACAAUUUGGAUAUAUUUUCUCCCUCUUAUUCAAUUAUCAGAAGCCCGUGAGAAAGAAAUAUAUUAGUUAUAACUUCCAUUUCAUUUCUUCCAGAUUUGAAAAAUUUUCUGUCCAAUAAAUAUCUGGCCAGUUAUGUUCACAGUGCACACAGAAACUCGUGUAGGUCAUCAUGUGAAGUGUCCAUUAUUCUUGCCCAGUUUUAACAAAGAUUGGACUUCUUCAAUUAAUUUUAUUAAAACUCCCCAAUAUAAAUUUUCAUGAUCAUUUGUUCAUUAUUUCUGAAGUUAUGUUCAUAGAGACACAGACAUGACAUAGCUGAUAUGCACAUUUUGCAACUUUUCAUUGCAGGUAUGACAAAAUCUAUCAAAUGCAUAUCACAACAUACAGCAUUGAUCUGAAGAUUUCUUUAUGGAGGGUUUGGGAGGAAUUUUAUUUGACUGGAGGUUAGUGUCAGAACAUCCCCACCCUCCUCCCUGUAGCUGAGCUGGAAGCUGUGGAGGUUUUUCCACCCCUCACCUGGUGGGCCUACACUAUGUGAAUUGCCUAGCCAAAACUGCUAUAUAAAUGUAUUUUCCUAAAUAUAUAUA